AGGAGACGCUCAAUCCUCUUUUAUAAACUCUGUGACAACUCAAAAUACAACACUCUGUUUAUUUUAACUCUAUAUUUUAAUAAAGAACAGGAAUAAUGAGUGAGAAUUUACGUCGUAUGGUUCUCGAGGCCAAUUUAAGAAACAAAAUACAACAAAGAAAUCCUAGCAACUACACAAAAUUCCUGAAGAACUUGCACACGGAGCAGAUCGCUAAGCUCCAUGCUAAGAAUCAGCAUGAGUGCGACCUGCUUGAAGACCUGAGGACUUACACCAUCAAGCGGUCCGCCGUCGAGAAGUCCUACUCCGAGGCUCUGCUGAAGAUUUCUUCUGCGUACCUCAACAAGAAGAUCCCGAAUAUCCCCGACAUCAAGGUCGAUGGCGCCGAAGAAAAAUGGAAUAUGUGGAACGUAUGGCGCACGGUGCUGGAGGAGAACGAGAAGCUGGCGCGCGCCCGCCUCGCCGCUGUCGAGGUCUUCCAGCAACAGAUCGCCGACGAAGCCAAGUUCCUCAGGCAGCACAAACUGAACGUCGCUAAGAAGUGCACGGACUCCCUCGCGCAGGCUCACAAGGAGCUGCAGCUGACCGUGCUGGACGUGGACAAGACCAAGAAGCUGUACUUCGAUGAGGAGCAUACUGCCCACGACGUCCGUGAUAAAGCCAAGGACAUUGAGGAGAAGCUGAAGAAGAAGAAGGGCUCCUUCUUCCAAUCAAUAACGUCGCUGCAGAAGAACAGCGCGAAGGUUUCGUCUCGCCGUGACCAGCUCGAGGAGAAGUCCACCGGAGCCAGGAACGAUUACCUGCUCAGCAUUGCUGCAGCUAACGCCCACCAGACUCGCUACUUCCUGGUCGAGCUCCAAAACUGCAUGAUGGGCAUGGAAGCUGCCGUCUAUGAGAAAGUCUCUGAAUUCCUCACCCUGAUGGGUCGCACUGAGCUGCUGACGUGCUCCGCCACGCAGCACUCGUUCGGCAAGAUCCGCGACCAGGCGCAGCAGCUGACGCGCGAGUACAAUCUCCAGUGCCUGUACUUGUACUACCCGGUACUGAAGCAGCAUAUCCAGUACGAGUUCGAGCCCUGCGACAACGAUCCGAUCGACGCAGUUACUAUUGAGCACGAGUCUGUUGCCCAGACUCUGGGGCAAGAAGCCCGACGCUGGGCAACGCGCGUCAUUCGCGAAACUUCGCUGGUGCGAGAUGCCACUCGCAAGAUGGCCCUGUACCAGGCCAUGCGCGAUGCCGGACAAAAGGUGGACCCGAGUGACCCGAACGGUCCCGAGCUAGAGGUGCGGCUGGACGAGCUGAGGGCUACUAUCCGUCGCUCGGAGACGUCGAAGGCGAAGUACGAGUCCCGCCUGGAGUGCCUGCGGGUGAGCGGAGCCCCCGUGGACGACUGGCUGAAGGAGGUGGACCUGCUGGCCGUGCAGGAGACCCUGCCGCGCAGCAGCAGCCUGCUCAGCGUGCGCACCGACGCUUCCGGGGCUGCCGACCAGCCGAGCUCGGACUCGUUCUACGACAGCGACAACACCGAGGGCGAAGGCACCUCCGCGUCCGCCGUGGCCGCGCUCGCCAGCCACCAGCGCACCACCUCCGGAUCCUCGCAGCAUGAUGACGAACACGACGAGGAUGUCGAUGCUGUACUGGAGGAAGAGCGCAUGCGCAUCGAACAGCUGACGGUGGGCUGGGAUGACCCCACCCAGGUGAGCUGGGACGAGCCCGAGCAGUCCACUGCCGAGGCUGUGGAGCCACCAGCGGCGCCACUCUACAAGUGCACCGCACUCUACUCCUAUGUGGCCCAAAAUCCUGAUGAGCUGUCCAUCAUCGAGAGCGAGCAGCUGGAGGUGGUGGGCGAAGGGGACGGUGACGGCUGGCUCCGCGCGCGCAACUACCGCGGGGAGGAGGGCUACGUGCCCCACAACUACCUGGACGUCGACCGCGAGCAGCCGUGCUCUAGUACCGGAGGACCUGGCCUGGUGUCCCAGAUAUCCUUCUCGUCCGUUGACUACACGGUCGAGGGUGAAGACGCAGACGUAGUGCAGUCUCCGGAUCAGAUCUCCGUGAUCUCGGCCCCAGUGGCCAAGCCUGAGGAGCCGAAGGUGGCGGAGCCGCCUCAGAUGGAGUCCUUCGUGGACGUGUGGCCGUCUACCGAAACUGCCACACCCUCGACCUCGGGUGCCAAGCCUGAGUUGCAGACCCUGGGCUACUGCUUCGCCAUAUACGACUAUGAUGCUGAAGGUUCUGAUGAACUGAACCUUGAAGAGGGACAGAUAAUCCGCAUCGUGUCCCGCCAAGCUCAUGACGUGGACGACGGCUGGUGGCGCGGCGAGGCCAACGGCGUGCUCGGCAACUUCCCCUCACUCAUCGUCGAGGAGUGCGACGAGAAUGGCGAGCCACUGAGUGGCGUGGAGGACUGGACGCCUCUGGCGGCGGCUCCGCCGGUGUUCGCAUCCCCACCUACCUCGCCCCCCGCUGAGGAUGACCUGAUGAGCAAUGAGAACAACAACGCGAAAGGGCCCGCGCCGCCGCUGGCGCCGCCGCCGCCGCCGCCGCCCGAUCUCGGCGACUCCAUGGAUAGCCAGCCCGACUUCAGCUUUAAUCUUGAGCUUAGUAGGAACCAGCAAGAGCAUUACGGGACCCAGUUCACUGCCCCGGCAGUCACCAUUGUAGUUGAUGAAGUCGUCGGUGAAAUGUAUGACGAGAUCGAGGCGCUCCCCGCCCCGGUGCAAGCAGUGCCGCAGGUUGAGCAGCCCUCCGAGGACUGCGGGUUAGGCGUGGCGCAGAUCGUGAUCACUGCUGCCACGCCUAUGGUGGAGGAGCCCGAGCAGCCCUUCCCUCCACCAGAGGCCGAGGUGAAGGCCGAAGCCGAGCCCGAGGCAGAGGCCGAAACAGAGGGUGAAGCUGCAGGAGAGGCGGGCGAGGGAGGCGAGGCCGGCGGAUCAGUCGCAGAGGAGGCGGAGGACGAGGAAUCAUCGCUGUCGGAGCAGACGGCGGUGUGCCUGCGCGACUCGGACUCGGGCCCCGCGGACGCGGCGCCGCACCCCGCGUCCUCGUCCACGGGCUCGGAGGGCUCGGGCCCGCCCACCGCGCCCGCCAGCCCGCCCGGUCCCCGCGCCGGUCGCGCCAGCAUCCCCGACGAGCUCGACUCCGCGCAGCUCGCGCGCCUGCAGGACCUCAAGGAGUCCAACGCCUAAGGCCUCUUCGACCGUCUACAUUAGACCGUUUCUCUGCUGUCAGUAUUAGCAUACUACCCUCGCUCGAGUGAGCCUAUUCUUACCCAGUAUUAUACUCACCAGGUGUUUUGAUGUGUGUAUUCACACUAUUUUCAUUUUCAAAACUAUAUCGCUGAAUGUAACCCCUGCAACGUACCCCAACCAGUUCAGAUUUAAUAAAAUUGUGUAGAUCUAAAUGUUUAUUUAUCUAGCGAAAUUUAAAUAUCAAUUUGACUAGAUGUUUUUAUUAGCUAAUGUUUAUAGAUGUUAGUACAUUUAAUGUGAAUUUAUAUUGUUUCUAAGACUUUAUAAUGGAAAAUUGGAAAUAAUGAUAAAAUUGUCGGUGAUCCGUUGUGCGUAGAGGAACGGUCGGGACAUGUAGAUUGUACUGUAUAUAGCUAUUAAUACUUAUUACUAUUAAUAAGUACAGGAGCACAUUCUAGUACCUGCGAAUGGAGGGUAUGUUAGAGGCGUAUGUUAGUGACGCGGCGUGUUGACCUGCCAUCGCCCCUCGCUAACGCAGACCAGACCAAAUAACACACAAACAGGGCAGUCUGGUCCAGUGGGCAGUCGAGACCAAUGCUCAGCGACCCGCACAACAGCGAGCGGUCAACACGCAGCGUACCGUUGUAACUAAGCUCCGCCACUGAAGUUGACAUCGAAUUCGGGUAACGCUCGUUCAUUCGGCGGCGGACGGUAGGAUUAGGAAGAUACAGGGUGUUACUAGCUUCUCUUUGGUUACCUCCCUGCGACACCGCCGCUGUGACGUCAUCACCAGCGGGCUGUGGACCCGUGCUCAUACCCAAGCAAUACUGUUGAGACCACUCGGUGACCAGAUAUCCUAACUCCCUCGUAGUUGAUUGUUACGCAUUGUUGAUAUUAAUUUUACGAAACUGUUAUUAGAUCACGUUAGCGCCCACGUCGCGUCUCGCCGAGACAUCGAUUACGUUAGCUUUGUUAUCACAAUUCAUGUUUCUGAAGCCAAAUAAUUUCUGCUUAAGAUGCUAUUCGACAACUACAUGUUCCUUUUUGGGGUUGUUAUGUAACGGAGGUGUAUGGUGCAGCGUGCACACCGCGUGGACGCGGGCGUCAGUGACGUCACAUCUCAGAUCACCACAGGACGUUUGGCUGUAGGACAUCAAGUACUCGGUCUCUCGAAUGUUCAUGUUAGACCACGUAGACCUGGCACACGUUUGUGUUAACAAUAGUAUUCACAUAUUUGCAUUUAAUCGAUUAAUCGUCGUACGUAGAUCAAUGUUAACCAAGUAGUUAUUAGCUGUUUAACGAUGUGAUUAAUGUGUUGUGUUUAUUUAAUAAAAAUAUAUCAAUUAUUCUAUAUUAUUGUUAGAUAUACAUUCUUUAACAAACCCGUAAAAACAAGUGGUUCAUUAACCCAUCGGUAGUUUUCGAUUGCGCCUGCGCCGCUCGGCUAGAGAAUGUUUUUCGUCACCUCGGGAGUUCAACAAUCAGUUAACGUCACAGGAUUGUGUUUUUACGGGUUGAUCCACGUUUCAUGAAAUAAAAAAAUAAAUAAAAAAAAUCCAAAAAAAGUGAGAGGUAUGUAGCACUCUGUGUAGAUUAAUAUUGUCACUGUAUCAAACGAUGCACAGAUUUAUAAUGUUGACUGUAACUAUACUAUAGGUGCAAACUAUUGUUGUUUGUGAUACCUAAUUACCUACCUUAUAUCUAUACGAUACAUAAGUGUUGCUUUUACUUUAGAGAACUGAAUUGAUAGAGUUCUGCUGCUGAGAUUAUCUGAAUUAAACUAAACGCAACUUAUAUAAAUGUUUCAUUUCUGUAUGUCAAAUGUUCUGUGCUGUUAUCCCGACUGGCGGUCCUAUAUAUCCAUGUAUUAUCAAGCUGAUGACGUAGCACAAAUUUUUAGAAGAUCAUAGUUUAUGCAGGUACUGAUGUAAGAGUGUUGUAGAGCAAAUAAUAUAUCGAACGUUAAAUAAUUUUAAUCUGAAAGUUGGCUAACAACUGUAAUGUAGAUGUUGGAAUUUAAUAAAUUAAAAGAAAAACAGGGUUAGUGAUUGGCUAUCAACCUACAUGGUGUCUCGAACGCAAUUAAGAUGACAAAAAAUUAAAAAAAAAAACGCCCACAAGAAAAAUGGCGGGAGCUAAAUAAUUUAUACAAUCGAAAAAAUGUUAACCCUGUAUCGUAUAAACGAGGCCUAAUGUAACGCACAUAUAGCCACAUAUACCAAGGCUUUGGAAAUAAGUACUCUAUUAUAAAACUUAAUAUAAUAUACAGUUAUUAUAAUGUUUCAAAUAAUCUCAGCAUAUCGGACGUAUGAUAAUUAGAAUAAUAGAAACAAUUAGUAUUCAAAUAUUUAUACCUACUGUUUAAAGACUAUUGUACUAUUAUACAAGAUUGUAGUUGAAGUUAGGUGCCGUGUGCAAUCCCUGAGAAACAAAAGAAAUCUGUAGAAAACAUUAACAUGGAACAGACUGUUACGAAACCCCUGAUGGAUUGUGAUCAAUAAUGCCAGUCUAUAAUGGCCCUAUGCUGGGCACAUGGCUCUUGAAAAGUAGACAAGGAAUGAAAAUUGGUUUCUCAUAGAAAAUAACAUCUUUUCUAUACAAUUGUAAUAACAUCAACCGCCCUGAUAAGGGUCAUUGUACAAGUUUUAACGAUCCAAAAUAUUGUACUAACAGAAACGAAACUAUGUCUAACGUCUAUCAGGGUUUUUGCCAAACUCUGUAUAUUCUUACGAAAAAAAUCAAUGACCAAUAAUAGCAACCAUUUGGCCGGAUUGUAAGAUCUCCUUCGAAUCUGUCUCAGCUUGCAACUGGUAAACAAGUGCCUUGUUGAUAUAGCAUGUUGCAGCCAGCACCACACUGCCGAACAAACGAUCAUUAGCGAAUGUUAGUGAGCCCGCGACGCGUGACGUCAUGACGAGGCUAACCAAAUUGUGUAUUAAAAACGUAGAAAAUUUUAUGUUAACAUUACUUUGUAGUCUUAAAUGUUUUGGAUUGAGGUUUUAGCCUAAUUUAUUUUCAAUUCUAUUUGUGUUUAGGCUGCUCUCCCGCUGCGAUGGUGGCGUAAAAAUGCGAGUCGUGCUAGUUUGACGCACGGCCUGUAGGUUUACGGGCGCAGGCCUCGCGGGGGGCGCGGCAGCCUCGUAUAUUGCAACAUCUAGGGACGCAACAAUGGCACGAAGUCAGCAUUUCUUUCUUAGGCUUUGAUCUCUGAUGAGUUACAUUUGGUCCUCAUUUAAUUGAAAUUUCGGUCCUCGGUACUAAUCGAUCCGGUCGCUUGGUGUUCAGUUCCUGAUGCAUGAGGUUUGCACGCGGCACGGUGUGUAAGGAUAUAAAGGUUAUAGUUAAUAGCGGCCAGCAUAAGGCCGCAGGUUUGGUGUACGGUUGCUUUAAUGUUCCCCCAACGCAUUUUCGACCUGCAAUAAACUUUCUUAAAUUUAAAA